UUGUUCGGUCGAUUUUGUGCUCGAUGCCAUGGUGCGUUGGCAUCGCGUGAUUUGGUGUUCCGCUGUCAACAUGCCACGUAUCAUCAGCAGUGCUUUUCAUGCUUUUAUUGUCAUGUACAGUUUAAAAAGGGGGACGAAUAUUUGAUCGUCGAAGGAGAAAUCGUCUGUCGAAAAGACUACCAUAUGCUGCUGCAAAAUCAUAUACAUACAAUGACCGGAGCUCCAGUUUUGUUCGACUUCGAAUCAUCUGAAUCGAGCCGGAAGACACCUAAACGACCCCGAACCAUCUUGAACGCUACCCAAAGAAAGCAGUUCAAAGCAGCUUUUGAGAAGAGUGCAAAGCCCUGUAGAAAGAUUCGAGAACAACUUGCCAAGGAGACCGGACUGAGUGUUCGUGUUGUCCAGGUAUGGUUCCAGAAUCAGAGAGCCAAGAUGAAGAAGAUGCAACGAAAAGAAGAAAGCAAGCGUGGAUCAAGUGCUCUUGAUUCAGAAGGUAAAAGUAUCGAAGGGGAGAAGAGUUCGGAUGAAGAAAACUGCUCCGAUUGCGACGAUCUAGACAUUGAACAACCUGAAAAAUCUUAUCCAGAGAAUCCCAUCGAAAAACUCUAUCAUAUGCAGAGCACGUAUUUUCAAUUCACGUAA